UGUUGAAUUUCACUUUUCCAGUAACCCGCUCAUUUGAGUCAUUUCACAACGGUUUUAAGCGAUUUUCCUAGAGUUUGCAGAAGAAUAAAAAGUAUAGCAACAUCACCAAACAAUGGACGGAAGAUUAGACAAAAUUUUGAAACGAUUUUGGGAAUGGAGGCUCGAUGAAGCUCCCGAAUUUGGAACAAUGGUUGGUGAUCAUAAACGUGAUGGGGAACUCGAUGAUUUGAGCUUAGCGGCUUAUGCCAAGAGAUUACAAGGUGCCAAAAACUUUAUUGCUGAACUGGAAAAACUUGAUGUUGAGAAACUAAGCAAGGAUAACAAGCUCAAUUAUGAACUGUUGCAUCUUGAGUUGACAACAUACAUUGAUGGUAUGAAGUUUAAAUGUUACCUCUUUCCAAUCAGCGGACUGGAGGGACCACAGGUGGACUUUCGUAAAACUGUGUCCUGGAUGAAGAACGAAACUGAUGAUGAUUGUGAAAAGAUUCUCCAUCGUUAUCACAAGUUCUCCAAACAAGCUGAGCAAAUUAUUGAACUUUUAAAAAAGGGUGCAGAGACUGGUUAUGUGAAUGCCAAAAUUUCAAUGGAAAAAGUACCAGAUCAGUUUAAAACAAUCAUUGAAACACCAGCCAAACAAUCUGCAUUCUAUGAGCCUUUCAAAGACAUUUCAGACUGUAUAACUGAGAAGAAAAGGAAUUCUUUGCAGGAAAGAGCUCUGGCUGCAAUUAAUGAAGAACUCUAUCCGGCUUACACGAAAAUUAAGGAACACCUUGAAAAGGAAUACAUACCAGCUUGCCGUGACGAUAUUGCUUGCAUAUCUUUGCCUUCAGGAAUACCGUUUUAUGAAGCGGCAUUGAAAUUUCAUCUCAGUACUGACAUGUCAGCUGACGACGUCCAUCAAACAGGUUUGGAUGAAGUUGAAAGAAUCAAAGGAAGAAUGCACGUGGUGAUGGAGCAGGUUGGUUUUGAAGGAACACUGGAAGAAUUUUUGGAGCAUUUGAAAAAUGAUUCUCAGUUCUAUAUGGAUAACAAAGAUGAGUUUAUGGCGCUUUACAACAACACUUGUGCAGAAAUAGACAAGCUUAUGCCGACGUACUUCAAAACUUUGCCAAAAAUGAAAUAUGAGAUUAAAGAGAUGCCCCCUGAAGUCGCAAUAACUGCACCUGGAGCCUUUUAUAAUGCUGGAUCUUUAGAAGGACGACCUGGAAUAUUUUACAUCAAUACCUAUCAGUUUGAAAAGAAGCCAACCUACAACUGUCCUUCCUUGUGUCUUCAUGAGGCUGUUCCAGGACAUCAUCACCAGGGCAGCCUUGGCAUAGAGCAGACAGAUCUCCCAGCUUUCAGAAGAUAUGUUGAAGAUCGACAUUAUUAUGAAGUUCCUUCAAGAUUUGCUUUAUAUGGAGCCUAUAUGGAGGGCUGGGGCCUGUACUCAGAAUAUCUUGGGGAAGAGAUGAAAGUUUAUAAAACCCCCUACGAUUUGUUUGGAAGGCUCUCAGCGGAAAUGUUCCGUGCUUGUCGUUGCGUUGUGGAUACUGGGAUGCACAUGAAAGGUUGGACUCGCCAAGAGGCAGUUGAUUACAUGGCUAAGAACGCGGGAUUGCCUGAUCACGAGAUUCAAGCGGAGAUUGACCGUUACAUUACUUGGCCUGGUCAGGCAUGCAGUUACAAGAUUGGUGAAAUGAAGAUCGUAAAACUCCGGGAAAACGCUGAAAGUAAACUUGGUGACAAGUUUGAUUUAAGGGAGUUCCACGAUGCUGUCUUGCUGGAGAGUGCAAUACCCAUGUCAAUUUUGGAGGAACUUAUCGAGGAGUAUAUAAACAGCCACAAGUAGAGAAAACAUUAUUAAACCAUCGUUUCUUAUUCUGAUACAUAUAAUCAUUAUAAUGAACCUUAGUCGAUCUUAGAGCAUGAGAUACUAAAUAUGAUUUAGAUCAUUCAGACUUGUUAGACAAGUGGACAAUAAAGGAUUAUAGUUGGGUUGACGUGAGCACUGUCCUAUAUGCGAGUAAAAUGUACAAGUUGCUCCAGAUAAGUAAAAACAACUUGAUAACAACCAUUUUCAUAUGGUGCAGCACAAUAUCAUUCAGUUUGUUAUUGUUGAUUUGCUGCCCUAUAAAUUGCAAUUCGACAGACUAUAAAACGCCCAUCAUGCAGAAGUGAUUUGAUCCAACAAAAUUGAAACAUGUGAACAGACGUUGGCAGGAUAAAAAUGUCAAUGAUUUGCCAUAACGGGCUUUACAGUCAAGCUGUGAUCCAGACGAGAGCGCGGGUCUCCAACAUUCAUCACCCU